UUUAUCGUUUUAAGGAUUUUACAUUGAGGAGAAGAAACACAAACUACAAGAUGCUGCUGUGGACUCUGUUGGCAUUUUUCAGUCUGGGCGCACUGGGGCAGCUGGAGGAUUCCCUGUUAGAAGAUGAGAUGGACUUUGAUCUGGCUGACUUUGAUUUGGACAUUCCACCGCGAAGGGUCCCACGGCAGGUGAAGACUAUAUUAUCCAAGGAAACCAAACCUCACAUCCAGGAGCUCUCCAUCAAAACCACCAUCAUCUCGCGCUACGCUUUCACCGCGGUGUACUGCGCCAUGCUCAACCGGCACUCCGCCGCCUCCACGGGCGUCUUCCAGUUCCAGAUCCCCGCGGACGCAUACGUCUCCAACUUCACCAUGAUCAUCGGAGGGCGUGUCUACCAGAGCGAGGUCAGGCCCAGGCAGAAGAGGGUCAAACAGGAGAACGGCAAGCCCCGAAACAAAGAGGCAGGUGGUGCAAGCCCUGAGGCCGAGGUGGAGGUGUUCCGGAUGGAGGCCAGCAUCCCGGGUCGGAACCGCGCCGUCUUCCUGCUCACCUACGAGCAGCUCCUGCAGCGCCGCCUGGGGCGCUACGAGCACGUGACCAGCCUGCGGCCCCUGCAGCUGGUCAGCCGCCUCGGCCUGGAGGUCACCAUCGUGGACCACUCGGCCAUCACGGACCUGGAGGUGCUGCCGCUGCGCAACGGGAGGAGCAACGGCGCGGCCGCGCCCAGCGCCGCCAAGUCAGCAGCCAAGCUUCCCGUCACCACCGUCAUCACGAACGAGAAGAACGUCUGCAGGAUCACCUUCAGCCCCAACAUCGUCCAGCAGGCCAAGAUCACCACCAGCGGCGUCCUGGGGGACUUCGUGAUCCGCUACGACGUGCAGAGGGACAUGGGCAUCGGGGACAUCCAGGUUUUAAAUGGACAUUUUGUCCACUACUUCGCCCCCAAAGAUCUGCCCGUCGUGCCCAAGAACGUGGUGUUUGUGAUCGACACCAGCGGCUCCAUGACGGGAACCAAGAUCAAACAGACUCAAGAAGCUCUGUUCACCAUCCUGAGGGACCUGCGGUACGAAGACCACUUCAACUUCAUCAGCUUCUCCAACAAGAUCAAAGUCUGGAAGCCGGACGGCCUCGUUCAGGCCACGGCCGACAACGUGAGCGACGCCAAGAGGUUUAUUCUCCGGCUGACCGCCAACGGAGGGACGAACAUCGACGGGGCCAUCCAGACGGGCUCCUCCCUGCUGAGGGACUACCUCUCGGGCCCCAGCACCAACCCCAACAGCGUGUCGCUCAUCAUCUUCCUGACGGACGGGCAGCCCACGGUGGGGGAGAAGCAGGCGCCCGUCAUCCUGGGGAACACUCGCUCGGCCGUGCAGGAGAAGUUCUGCAUCUUCACCAUCGGGAUCGGGAACGACGUGGACUACCGGCUGCUGGAGCGCAUGGCUCUGGAGAACUGCGGCAUGAUGAGGCGCAUUGGCGAGGAGGCCAACGCCAGCGCCAUGCUCAAAGGGUUCUACGAUGAGAUCGGAACGCCUCUGCUUUCCGACAUCAGGAUAAACUACACAGAGGACUCCGUCCAGUACGUCACUCAGCACCUCUUCACCAACUACUUCAACGGCUCCGAGAUCGUCAUCGCCGGAAAACUGACGGACCGGACGGCGGAGUCGCUCCACGUUCAGGUCACCGCCAGCAACAACGACAAGAGCAUCAUCCUGGAGACCGACGUGCCGCUGCGGCACCGACAGAUCGAGACCGAGAAGCGCGUGAAGGCGGCCACCGCGGCGAUGGCGGCCGGGGGGCCGGCCUCGGGCUCGGACGUGACCCAGGUUUUGGGGAGCGCCCUGACCACUAUAGCCGAGGACUUCGUGGAGCGUCUCUGGGGUUUUCUGAGCGUCAAGGACGGACUGAAGUCGCGACUUCGCAGCCAAACCAGCAGGGAGAGGGACGGACACGUCCGGCAGACCACCAACCUGUCCGUGACGUACCACUUCCUCACGCCGCUCACCAAGCUGGAGGUGGAGAAGCCUGAAGUUCUGGCCGACGGCAGCAUGGCGCCGGCCCCCACGAACCCGCCGGGAGCUGAGGAGGUCGCCAACGAGCUGCCGGGCGACGCAGACGACGACAAGCUCAAACAAUCUGAGGGGAAGCCGAGCAGCCAGACUUCAUCUUUGAGAGAUACAAUUGGUAAGGUUGAAAGAAGACCAGCCAAGAAAUCCGUUACCAUCUCCAAAACAUCAGCUGAUGGCGACCCUCACUUCGUGGUAGAGUUUCCUCUCAGUAAACUCACCGUGUGCUUCAACAUCAACGGUGAGCCCGGACACGUCCUCCGCCUUGUCUCCGACCACAAGUACUCGGGUGUGACCGUCAACGGGAAGCUGAUCGGCGCCCCGGCUCCGGCGGGAAGCCACAAGCAGCAGCGCACCUACUUCAGCACCAUCAUCAUCGUGGUGGAUCGACCCAAACGCGCCUACAUCGAAGUGACCCCGAAGAGGGUGAUCCUGGACGGGCGGGACCGCAUGGUGCUGCCCUGCCAGUCCACGGUGGCCGUGGACAGCGGCGAGCUCUCCGUGGCCAUCGUGGGGAGGUCCAACGUGACCGUGACCGUCGGCGGGAACAUCGCCUUCGUCAUCCUGCUGCAUCAGUACAAGAACCCGGCGCCGUACCAGAGAGACCAUCUGGGCUUCUACAUCGGCAACAGCAAGGGGCUUUCACACAACUGCCACGGUCUGAUAGGUCAGUUCCUGUACGAGGAGGUGGGCCUGGUCGAGCUCCCCGCCCAGGAGGGCGCCAAGGCCUCGCAGGUCCUGAAGGUGAAGGAGCGCUCGGUGCCGGUGGUGAAGAAGAGCCGCAGGAUCUACAGCGGCGCGCAGAACGUGGACUGCUGGUUCGCCCGCAACAACGCCGCCAAGCUGAUAGACGGACAGUACGAGGACUAUCUGGCGUCGCACAUGUUCGACACGGGCGAGACGCCGCGCGGAAACAAGACCUCCAUCUAACCACUAACUCCCGUUACCUGUUGUAAACAGCGGUCGCACCCUCAGAGGGUCCCACAGUCAUUCCAGCCUUCUGCCGAGCUACAGGCUCAGUUUGAAUAUAUUUUUUUACUAUUUCUAAUUGAAA